UGCUCCCUUAUCAUCAAAUCUUAUACCAAAUGGAGCUAGUGGAAAGUGUCUGUCUGGGUAGCAAACCGGCAGCUUAUCAAAAAGCGGCUACGUUACUGUUUGUUUAACUUCCCGUUAACUGCUUCGUUAGCAAGCACGUUAGCUUACCAGCCAGACAAGCUGCUGUUAUCUAACGUUAUCUAACGUUAUCAGUGUCUCAGCUUUAAAUGAUACAUCCAUGUGUUGACUCUGACCUUUUAGAUAGCGAACUUCUUUGAUAGCUUUCACAAACACGGAAGGCUACAAAAACCAAAUUACAUACUCCUUUGUCUAUUGUCACAGGACGAGGAGUCACCUGGUUUCAUCUGAACUACCUACUUUUGUUCCUGAUUAAAACCGCCACCACCAUGACUGCUGCUGUGAGAGGCUCUGCCAGAGGGCCUAUUCGAAGCGCUGGCGAUGGCAUGGAAACGGAAAAAGCGCUAACCACUAUCCUCGAGGUUAUCACAGAUACACUACCACCUGGUCCAUCUGCUGUUCCCCUCCUGAAGGCAUCUAACCCUAAGCACAGCCCAAAAGCUACCCGUCCUGCUCCCCCUGAGCCUCUCGGAGUGCUCCACCUGGGCAAAGUGAGUCGAGAGGCCUGCACAGAGGUGGAGGCUGUGAGGAUCAUCGUCCCGCGUGCAGCUAUUAGCCGGUGCAUCCGAACAAAACCUGCCGAGGGCAAAGGGGAGGCGUGGCAACAGGCUGAAGAGCAGGGCUCUCCCCUGCGGCCUCUUGUGGAUGACUGGAGAAAACAGAUGGAGAAGCUGCAGAACUCUGAACGACGGCUACUGCAGGACAAGGAAGGCCUCUCCAAUCAGCUCCGAGUGCAGACAGAAGUGAACCGUGAGCUGAAGAAACUGCUGGUUGCAUCGGUCGGUGAUGACCUACAGUACCACUUUGAGCGUCUGUCGCGGGAGAAGAACCAGCUGAUCCUGGAGAACGAGGCUCUGGGGCGAUGUCAUGCACACACCGCAGAGCAGCUGGAGCGAAUGAGCAUCCAGUGUGACGUUUGGAGGAGCAAGUUCCUGGCUAGCAGAGUCAUGGCCGAUGAGCUGACGAAUGCCAGAGCCACUCUGCAGAGACAGAACAGAGAAGCACAAGGAGCCAUUCAGGACCUGCUGAUGGAGAGAGAAGACUUCUCCAGAAACAUGGUGCUCACUCACAGAUCUCUGGAGCAGCUCCUCGUGUCUCUGCAGUGGGGACGUCAGCAGACAUACUACCCCAGUGCACAGCCCCUCAGCACAGGAGAGCUGUCAGCAGCCAAUCACAAGCUAGCAGACGCCAUCAACUCCCACCUGCUAGGCAACACCACCACCACAACAACCACCAGCAGCAGCAGUGCAGCCGCUGAGCAGCUCUGCAGCACUCCGGCUGAGAAGAUGGCCGAGAAGGUGCUGAAGAGUUUAGAUCCAAUUUCCUGUACAGAAAACAAUGCUGACCCCCCGCUUUGUGACACUUCCUCUGGCUUUCUGAGCAAUAAGAAGAGCAUCGGCAGGUUUCACCCCUACACUCGCUAUGAGAAUAUUACCUUUAACUGCUGCGAGCGUUGCACUGGAGACAUUCUGGUGCUGUAGAGGACAACGAGACAUUCUGGUGCUGUAGAGGACAACGAGACAUUCUGGUGCUGUAGAGGACAACGAGACAUUCUGGUGCUGUAGAGGACAACGAGACAUUCUGGUGCUGUAGAGGACAACGAGACAUUCUGGUGCUGUAGAGGACAUCGGGAUACGGCAACACAUCCCAAUGGGACAACGUUAAUUUCAAAUGACAGAUCUUAACAGGACUGUAAUCUGGAGGACAUGUAUUGAGUGACUUUAUUCAGCACCAGAGGUUACCUUUCUCUCUAUCAGUAUCAGUCCUUCUACCCAUAUCAGCUUUGUUUGUAAACAACCUGCUGUUUUGUUGCUCUCCUCAACUUGAAUGUUUUUCCAGGGAUCAUGAUGUGAAAGUGAGGAUGAAUGCAUUUCAGAGCCAAGCAUCCUGGUUUAAACUAUUGAGUUGUAUUUAUUGCUGGGAUGUGAGGUCAAGAGGAGUCAGUGUUACAUGGUGAACAGACGCUGUUAGGGUGUCUGCUUAUCCACACUUGAACAUUAUACUACUAUGUUUUAAAUUGUAUUUAUCCAUUAUUGUAUAUAGUCAAUGUGCAAUAGAGCAAACAAGACAUCCUGUUGUGGAAACACCCUUGGGCAAGCUAACAAACCGUAAAUGAGCUAAUUGAAGUCAAACAUUUGUACCUUUUUCAAAUGAAAAAAGAAUAGGUGCUGAUGCCUCUUACACUGCAGGGGGCGGCCCUAAUUUUGCAUUAUGACACGCUAUUAUAUGUUUUGUAUAAUGCAUGUUGCAAAGGCCUUUGAAUAUAUAUAAAAUCCUUUGGAAAUUGAUUGACGGUACUACAAUAGACGUAUUGCACAUACACGCGAGUCCACUUAUUUGCAGAGUUUAAAAGAGAAAAAUAAAAUCUUAAGAAAUUCCAACAACUUUUUAAAUGAUUGUUAGUGUUUUCAUGAAUCAUGGCAUUAAGUGAUUCAUUUUGUAAUGCAUCAUUUAAAAACUGACGUUUGCUGUUGCUUUGGAAUACACUAUGAAAUGAAUGAUAGUAAUAAACUGCACAUGCCUUUUUGA